UGCCUGGCACGUUUCACAGCUCGGGUCCCAAACGUUUCCCUCCGCUGCAGCUUGUGCCACGAAUGGCUACCCAGAGGAAGCAUUUUGUGAAAGAUUUCAACCCCUAUAUCACCUGUUGUAUCUGCAAAGGAUAUCUUAUCAAGCCUACUACAGUAACUGAGUGCCUCCAUACUUUUUGUAAGAGUUGUAUUGUGCAGCACUUUGAAGAUAGCAAUGACUGUCCUAGAUGUGGCAAUCAAGUGCACGAGACGAAUCCUUUAGAAAUGUUACGGCUGGAUAAUACAUUAGAGGAAAUUAUAUUUAAGUUGGUACCCGGACUUCGAGAACAAGAACUGCAGCAUGAGGCUGAAUUCUGGAGGAAAAACAAACCUCAAGAAAAUGGAGAAGAAGGGAAUCCAAAAUCUGAAAAUCCCAAAGAUGAUGAAGAUGGAGAUGAAAAUCAGGAAGAUAAAGACUAUCACAGGAGUGACCCUCAGAUUGCUAUCUGUUUGGAUUGCUUACGCAACAAUGGACAAUCUGGAGAUAAUGUAGUAAAAGGGUUGAUGAAGAAAUUCAUCCGGUGUUCUACACGAGUGACCGUAGGAACUAUCAAGAAGUUUCUAAGCUUAAAACUAAAGCUUCCAAGUUCUUAUGAGUUAGAUGUACUAUGCAAUGGGGAAAUCAUGGGUAAGGAUCACACUAUGGAAUUCAUCUACAUGACAAGAUGGAGACUACGAGGCGAAAAUUUUCGGUGUCAGAACUGCUCAUCUUCGCAAGUAUGCUCACAGGAUGGCUCUUUUUAUCAGUCUUACCCCAUGGUUCUGCAGUAUCGACCCAGAAUUGACUUCGGUUAGACCAAAGGGCCAGAUCCCACUGAGAUUAAUCCUGCACUAUGUUUACCCAUCGACAGAUUGCACAAUGAAUGGAUGUGCCUGGACUGGUGGGGACACAACCAGAAUUUCGGCAUGUAAAUAUAGACUUCUUAUUCGGUUGAUCAACUUCAUCUUUCUCUUCCCCCUCCCCACCCCAAUUAGAGUAAGUCAAGUGCCGUUCUGCUACUGAAACAUCCACAACAAGAUAUUUGUGAUAUCUAAGUCUGCAAGUCAUAGGCAAAUUGUUCAAUGUAUAGUUAAGAGUCAGAAUAUCUGGAGUAGUUUGCUCUGCCUGUUAGAAAUUUUCCCUGGUCUGUAAUGUUGAUUACAUUAACAGAGACAACCAUGCAUUUUUUCACAUGUGGUGUUGCAGUUUUUUUUUUCUUCACAUUUACUAUUUUACUGAGUAAUGUUGUUUAAAAGAAGUACUGUACGAAAGGUUAAAGGCUAUACCUUUGGAAAUAUUUUGUAUAUAAUAUAUGUUUAAAGAUGUGGUUACUGUGCCACUACCUUUUUUUUUUCUUGUUUGGUUUCUCAUAGGUCCAGGUAUAGCUUGCUAAUUA